AUGGCGGUUUCGCCUUUGGUCCCCCACGCUUCAUCAGUUGCAGCUUCAAGCUCAAAUGCAGGCAAUAAGUUCGAGAAUGACUCUGGCAUCAACCCACCUAACAAGACGAAGCGCUCAUCGUCGCCCCAGCGCAUGAAGAACCCUGACCGUGAAAUCACGGAGCAACUUAACGACGAUGUGAGGCACAAGUACAUAAAAGAUAAGAAGUUGGGUGAGGGAACUUAUGCUGUAGUGUUUCUUGGACACCUCCGCACCGACCCAUCGUCAUUUGUUGCAAUAAAGAAGAUUAAGGUCAAUGCUGAAUACAAAGAUGGGCUUUCUAUGGACGCUAUUCGAGAGGUAAAAUAUCUCCAAGAGCUUUCUCAUCCAAAUAUAAUUGCACUCCACGAUGUGUUCUCGUCCAAGGAUCAAAACCUCAAUCUGGUCCUCGAAUACCUGCCACGCGGUGAUCUUGAGAUGCUCAUCAGGGAUAGCAAUAUUCAUUACGGUGCCGCCGAUGUUAAAGCCUGGAUGGGCAUGCUUGCCAGGGGUGUUUGGUUCUGUCAUGAAAAUUACAUCCUGCACCGAGAUAUCAAACCAAACAAUCUUCUAGUCGCCGCUGACGGCGAGGUCAAGCUGGCAGAUUUUGGUUUGGCCAGGUCGUUCGCCGACCCAUACUUGAAUAUGACACACCAGGUGAUCACACGCUGGUAUCGACCUCCCGAGCUACUUUUCGGUGCGCGACAGUAUUCUGGAGCUGUCGACGUUUGGUCCAUGGGAAUGGUUUUUGCUGAGCUCCUUCUACGGGUUCCAUUUGUCGCAGGGAAUUCAGACUUGGAUCAAAUCUCCAAGAUUUGCGAAGCCUUCGGGACACCAACUGAGGAGAACUGGCCAGGCGUGACUAGAUUGCCGAAUUACAUACCUGCCGAUCCGAAUCAUAUUGUGCCUUUACAAGGUCGAGAUUUCUUUCUCCGGCAGUUUCCCACGGCUGGGCCUGUUGGGGCAGAUUUGCUCAUGUCGAUGUGUACCCUGGAUCCCAGAAAACGAGGCACCGCCUGCCAAAUCCUACAACACGGCUGGUGGCUUGCGGAACCGAAGCCAACCAAGAAACAAGAUCUUCCUAGAAAAGUUGGCGGAACCAAAAAAAUGGGCGAUGAUUUAACGAGGCGAGGUGGGGAGCUUGACGAUACUUCCUUUAAAAAUGCCGCUCGACAAUUGGAUUUUGGCGCGGCAAGGGACUGA